GACUUUUAUUCUGACACGGCCGGCGCCCGGCUCUGCUUAGUCAUGGUGACCUGCGCGCGCUCCGCGCCUCCCCCCGGCGCGCAGCGAUGGAGGCGCCCGGGCCUGGGCGACGGAGGCGGAGCUCGAGCGCGGCCAUGGCGGGGCCUCUGAGUGCCAGUGGUGGUGUUGUCCCUUGUCACCUGGAACCCCAUGCAGCCGGAACCCAGGCUUAGCGGGGCUGGGGCCCGCACGCGAUUCCUUCCCCUGAGGUCACAGCGCCCUGAGGGGGCAGGGGACACGGUGAUGUACGCCUCCACCGAGUGCAAAGCCGAGGUGACGCCCUCCCAGCACGGCAACCGCACCUUCAGCUACACGCUGGAGGACCACACCAAGCAGGCCUUUGGCAUCAUGAACGAGCUGCGGCUCAGCCAGCAGCUCUGUGAUGUCACACUGCAGGUCAAAUAUGAGGACGCGCCAGCCGCCCAGUUCAUGGCUCACAAGGUGGUGCUGGCCUCAUCUAGCCCCGUCUUCAAGGCCAUGUUCACCAAUGGGCUGCGGGAGCAGGGCAUGGAGGUGGUGUCCAUUGAGGGCAUCCACCCCAAGGUCAUGGAGCGCCUCAUUGAGUUUGCCUACACGGCCUCCAUCUCCAUGGGGGAGAAGUGUGUGCUCCACGUGAUGAAUGGCGCCGUCAUGUACCAGAUCGACAGCGUCGUCCGCGCCUGCAGCGACUUCCUCGUGCAGCAGCUGGACCCCAGCAACGCCAUUGGCAUCGCCAACUUCGCUGAACAGAUCGGCUGUGCCGAGCUGCAUCAGCGCGCCCGCGAAUACAUCUAUAUGCACUUCGGAGAGGUGGCCAAGCAAGAGGAAUUCUUCAACCUGUCCCAUUGCCAGCUGGUGACGCUCAUCAGCCGAGACGAUCUGAACGUGCGCUGCGAGUCCGAGGUCUUCCACGCCUGUAUCAACUGGGUCAAGUAUGACUGUGAGCAGCGGCGUUUCUAUGUGCAGGCGCUGCUGCGGGCGGUGCGCUGCCACUCCCUCACGCCCCACUUCCUGCAGAUGCAGCUGCAGAAGUGCGAGAUCUUGCAGUCGGACUCCCGCUGCAAGGACUACCUGGUCAAGAUCUUCCAGGAGCUUACCUUGCAUAAGCCCACGCAGGUGAUGCCCUGUCGGGCGCCCAAAGUCGGCUGGCUCAUCUACACCGCUGGUGGCUACUUCCGCCAGUCACUCAGCUACCUGGAGGCCUACAACCCCAGUGAUGGCACCUGGCUCCGACUGGCAGACCUGCAGGUCCCUCGCAGUGGCCUGGCUGGCUGCGUCGUGGGCGGGCUGCUGUAUGCUGUGGGUGGCCGGAACAACUCGCCCGACGGCAACACCGACUCCAAUGCGCUGGACUGCUAUAACCCCAUGACCAACCAGUGGUCGCCCUGUGCCCCCAUGAGCGUACCACGCAAUCGGAUCGGGGUUGGGGUCAUCGAUGGGCACAUCUAUGCCGUUGGUGGCUCCCAUGGCUGCAUCCACCACAACAGUGUGGAGAGGUAUGAGCCAGAGCGGGACGAGUGGCACUUGGUGGCCCCAAUGCUGACUCGAAGGAUCGGGGUGGGAGUGGCGGUCCUCAACCGUCUGCUCUAUGCCGUCGGGGGCUUUGAUGGAACAAACCGCCUCAACUCGGCCGAGUGUUACUACCCAGAGAGAAAUGAGUGGCGGAUGAUCACACCCAUGAACACCAUCCGGAGUGGGGCAGGAGUCUGUGUCUUACACAACUGUAUCUACGCUGCGGGAGGCUACGAUGGUCAGGACCAGCUCAACAGCGUGGAGCGCUACGACGUGGAGACAGAAACGUGGAGUUUCGUAGCUCCCAUGAAGCAUCGGCGAAGUGCCCUGGGGAUUACUGUGCACCAGGGAAGGAUCUACGUUCUCGGAGGCUAUGAUGGCCACACGUUCCUGGACAGUGUGGAGUGUUACGACCCAGACACAGACACCUGGAGUGAGGUGACCCACAUGACAUCGGGCCGGAGCGGGGUGGGUGUUGCUGUCACCAUGGAGCCCUGCCGGAAGCAGAUUGACCAGCAGAACUGUACCUGUUGAGCCGCUUGAGUCUCUUGGGCAAAAAAAUGGUCUGAUCGAGAGUAUGGUUGUUUUUGUACAAAAACAGGGACAAAAAGAAAAGGCGACAGAGCAAAUGCUUAUCCUCCAAGAUGGGAGGCUGAGAUGCCUCAGUGUUCAAAUGACAGCUAGAAAGAAAAGAAGGCCAGAGCGGGAACCCAUGAGCCUGUCAGAGUCGUCCCAGGAGUGUCCAAGAGAGCCUCCCUGGGAGGGGGGGGUGCAUGAAGGGCAGGCUCCCAGGAAGAGAGGCCCCUGCACCCACUACCCUGAGAAUAGGCCUGGGUCCCACACCAGCCGCCGCCACCUCCCUUUGCGGUGAAAGCAGGUGCUUAGGUUGGGCCGGGUUUUUGUUUCUUGUGUCUUUGUGGUUGGUUCCUGGAGGCCUGGGAAGGAGCCAGCUGAGGCCUCACGGGUGAGGUUCCUGUGGAGGUGCGGACCCCAGGGAUGGGCGUGUACACAGAAACCCCUGGAUAUCUCUGCCCUGGACAGUCAUUUUGUUGAUAAGUAACCAUAUAACGUUCCAAUGAAAAUAAAGAACAAACUAACUAGCGUCUUCACUCCCGGGCUCUCAGCUGGAGGUCUCGAACCCGGGGACAGAAAGGACUCUUCCAAAACAUACUCAAGUCUUUGAUUUUGAGUUUGAAUUUGAAACCAGGUCGUUAUCUCUGCCCAUCGCAUCUUGACAUGUAGGGCCUCUUUCUCCCCGGAGGCAAGCCACACAGGGCUCACUUUGUCACACUGGGCUGCUUUGAAGACAAUGACCUAACUCCUUGACACCUCUCUUCUAGGGCUCCCUGGAGUUCUAUUUUAAGGCAAACCAUCCCCAACAUGCCUUCCAAAUCGGUGAAAAUCUAUCCAGUCAUUUGUAUGCGCUUCAAUAACACAGACUGAGCCUUUUAUUUAGGACAAAAGGGGUUCUUGGGAAUUUUCUUAGGCAAAGGGCUCAAUAUAACCUGGUCUCUUCUGAACAGUUCGUGUGAAGGCAACAUACGGCCUGGAUCUCUUCUUAAGCCAAUUAACUAUUUGUGGGUUUUUUUAAGAUUUUAUUUAUUUAUUUGACAGAGAGACAGCGAGAGAGGGAACACAAGCAGGUGAAUGGGAGAGGGAGAAGCAGGCUUCCCGCCGAGCAGGGAGCCCGAUGUGGGGCUCGAUCCCAGGACCCUGGGAUCAUGACCUGAGCCGAAGGCAGACGCUUAAUGACAGCCACCCAGGUGCCCCGCCAAUUAACUAUUUGUAUUGGGAGAGUGGAGCGAAGAGGUCUCAACUAUCAGGAAUGUCCUAGGUUCUCCCAGGGAGCUUAGUGAGGAAACAUUUGAUUCCUUCCCUUACCUCUCAGCUCUGUAGCUUCAUUCACUCAAUUCACCUGAAGGUUUUCUUAGUUGCACCGCUUCCUUGGUCCUCUUCCUAAGGUUUUAUUGGAACAAGGAAAGAAAUCUGCAUUGGCUGCAUUGAAUGGAUGGGGGAGGACUAGGAAUUGUAAACAUAGUAUCUGGAUAGCCUUUUAGCAUUUGCAGUGUUUUUGCACAUUAUUUGAUCCUCAAGAGUGCUGUGAGCCAGGAAGGGCCAGCCCGAAUUCUUUACAGAUUAGAGGUUCAGAGAAGUGACUUACCUAAGGUCAUGUGGCCACUAAAUGGUAGGGUUUAGAUUCGACUCAAGUGGACACCAAAGCAGCUACAACUCGUUCUAACACCGUGUGUGAGAAGGACAUAAAGAGGUCCCGUGGGGUCAGUGUGUGUAUCAGUGAAAGUUCCAGAAACAGCGAUCUAAUCUAGAGUCAAGAGGAAUUUGCACGUAAAUCCGUUGCCAUAAGCCACACAGCCUAUCCCAGAGUGGGGUUUCCUUCUACAAGGGCUGGAACCCUGGUCUUGAGGUCAGGUUUCAGCUGAUUCAGUAAAGCAAGGUGAACAGUUUCUUACCUGCAAAAAUGGUACUUGGACACCGGCUGGGCCUUAGGCCCUGUGUAAGCUGCUGGACCAACAAAGGUGAGUAUUUACAUUCACUUUCUAAUUCUGCAAAGACAGCUGUUUAUAAAAAGACCUCACUGUGCUAGGUAUCGGGGCUAGGGUAGUGAACAGGCCCCAGAUGAUCCCGGCCCUCAUGGAAUUACAGCCUAGCAGAGGAGUAGUGUGACCAACUCGUCCUGGUUUGCCCAGGACAGUCCCAGAUUGAACACUGGAAGGCUGGCAUCCCCAAGCCCCUCAGCCCCUCGGGUAAACCGGGGCAACUCUACAGGUAAGCCAGAUGCUGAAGCAAUAUUACAACCGUGCUGAGUGACAGGCAGCUGAGGGUGGUGGUUAGGUUCCCAUUUGGAAGUUGAUGGCUUGGCUGCAGAGCGGAGUGCACUGGGGAGAGCGAAGCAGCUAUUGCGUUAGCCAGGUGAGAGGUUGGCAGUUUGGAUUAGGCUGUGGGAGUAGAGAGCGGUUGAAUCUACAGCUGAGGGGACUGAUGAGAUAAGAAGGGCGGAGAAUUAGGAAUGCUCCUCUGUAGCUUCAACCUUAAUCCCAGCCAGGGGUAGAGAAGCUUUGAGGAGGCUGCAGGGAUAGAAGGGAAGUGGCAAUGUUUUGGGGUGUGUCGGAUUUGAGGCCUCAGGAUACAGUUGUUUUAGGAGAGUGCACAGUCAUUUUGCUCGCCUUCAGGCUUUAAUGCUUCCAACAGGUAGUUCUCGAAUGGCUGUUCUACCAGACCGGAAGUGAGGUGUUCAGACACAGUGAGAAACAGGCAUGACACCGUCUCUCUCAGAGAGCUAGAAUUAAUGAUCACAAAAAUGCCUAUGUAAUUAGGUUCAAAGGUAAGCCCUCUGAAGGCCAGGAGCUUGACCUAGGUCAGAGGUCCUGAGACAGCAUUGUUGAGGAGGUGGUUUUCUCACAGAAAUCCAAAGGAACUGAUAGUGUAAACUUAGUGAGGAAAGGAAGGGCAAGCUUCGGGACAGAAGAAGCAUCACAUGCAAAGGUCCUGUGGCACCAGGAAGCAACCUAGAUGAACUCUGAGAGGGAGGAGGAACAUGGUGUCAGAAGAGGCCCUGUGGGCCAUGCUCAUUUCAAUUUAAUUCUUAAAUACCUAAGUAUUACCUUAAAAAAAAGAGAACAUUAUAGAUAAAGCUGAAAUCUUACUAUCUUUCCAUUCCAGUCCCCUCUCAAUUUAAAACAAACUGCAGUAAUGUUCUAUGUAUUUCCUCACAAAAAAGGCAUAAUGUUGCCUGUAUUAUUCUGCAACUUGCUUUCCCCCCUCAGACUUCUAGAUCUUUUUGUCUGUGACAUCACAUUCCUUUUGCCAGGUACCUAUGUUCUGUUUUUUUUUGUUUCUUUUUUUUAAUAUUUUAUUUAUUCAUUUGAGACACAGAGAUAGAGAGAGAGAGCAUAAGCAGGGAGAGAGGCAGAGGGAGAGGGAGAAGCAGGCUCCCCGCUGAGCCAGGAACCCGAUGUGGGGCUCGAUCCCAGGACCCCGGGAUCAUGACCUUGAGCCGAAGGCAGACACUUAACCAUCUGAGCCACCCAGGCGCCUCCCUAUGUUCUGUUUUAUCUCUUCUAGUACCGACAGACAUUUAGGUCUUUUCAUUUUUCAAAAUUACAGAUAAGGCUGAAAUGUCUACUCUUAACCAUGUCUCCUCAGGCACAAAUAUGUAUAUUUCUCCAGGGCGAUACUAAGAGGUGGAACUUACUAGAUCUUAGGGUAAGCACAGCUUUCCUUAGAUGCUGCCAGAUUGCCCUCCAAAGUGGUUGUAACAAACCAUGUUCUUUCUGCUUCUAGAAGUUCUUUUUAAAUUUCACACAAAUUGAUCACUCUCCCUUGAUGUUUUUUCUCUUCUGUGUCAUAUUUAAGAAGGACUUUUGGUUCUUGCCAUUUUCCGUGGCUUCCUACCCAUUUGUUAAGUUGUCAUCUCCUGCCCGUACAUUUGUUUCUGCCUAAGUUAACCAGACUCGGUUUUUGCUGGUUCUGUUAAAACCAAGAAUCCUGACUAACAGAGAUAUCAAGAAAUUUUUGUACUGUUUUUCCUUCGGAUAUUAUUGUUUGUUUUUGUACUAUUUUUAAAUCCAACAGGAAGUUGCUGGUAUGUAUACUAUCAAAUGGGAAUUUAAUUUUGUAUGGAUAGCUAUUGCUCAACCAUUUGUUUUUCAAACCAUUUCUUGACUCAUUAAUUCUUUACCCAUAGUUCUUAAAUGCUAUCCCAAUCAUAUGCAAAUUUCUCAUGUUUGUAUGGGACCUCUAUUCCGUUAUAUUGACUUUCUACAGUUUUACCUAAAUAUCCAUUUUUGCAUCAAUUUCAUCAUUUUAAUUACUAAAGUUUUAACAUGUCUUAAUAUCAGAAUAAGUCCCUUCUCCCUUUUUCUUUCUAUUAAAAACAACAACAACAACAACAACCCUGAGCUGUUCUGUUACUGCAUAUUUAUUCUUUGCUCCAUGGAUGAAAUUCCAUGAAAAAUAAAUAUUUUAAUUGGGUUGCAUUAAAAUUAUCGAGUUGGGGUGGAAUAAUAUUUUUACAUUAGGCCUCUCCGUUCAUGAACUUAGUGUAUCUGUUUAGUGAAGUCUUCUUUGCUGUCCUCAGGAAGGCUUUAUAAUUUCUCCACAAAGGGCUUGCGAAGGGUUUAUUAAUGGGAGUUUUAUGGGCCUGGUUGCUGUUGUCAAUGAGAUCUUUACUCCUUGAUCCUUUACAAUUG